UUUUACUUGUUCGACUUAUUUCGAACCGAGAAAUUUAGUCGCUUACAGCAUCAUUGAAUCCGCAUUCACGCCAGGCAAAUAUUCCAUGGAGAUUUGCUCUGCCGCCUAUGCACUCCAGUGGCGGUUUGAUCAACAGUCACUCCCUGCUGACCUAAUUACCAGGGGAAUGGCUGUUGAGGAUCCAACUGCUCCUCAUGGCCUAAAACUAGCAAUUGAAGACUAUCCCUUUGCUAAUGACGGUCUCAUCCUUUGGGAUGCUAUCAAAACAUGGGUCACUGACUAUGUCAACCACUACUAUCCAGACCCUAGCCUUGUAGAGUCUGAUCAAGAGCUCCAAGCAUGGUGGACAGAGAUUCGAACUUUAGGUCACGCUGACAAGAAAGAUGAACCGUGGUGGCCAGUCCUCAAAACCCCAAAAGACCUAAUCAACAUCCUCACAACAAUGGUAUGGGUGACCUCUGGUCACCAUGCAGCGGUGAACUUUGGACAAUAUGCUUAUGGAGGUUACUUCCCAAACCGACCUACUAUUGCUAGAACCAAUAUGCCCACAGAAGACCCUUCUGAUAAAGAAUGGGAAACCUUUUUGAAGAAACCUGAACGUGCAUUAUUACAAUGCUUCCCUUCACAACUUCAAGCAACAAGAAUAAUGGCUGUUUUAGACAUAUUGUCUAAUCAUUCACCGGAUGAGGAGUAUCUUGGAGAGAAGAUUGAGCCUUCUUGGGCUGAAGAUCCAGUCAUAAAAGCUGCCUUUGAAAAGUUUCAUGAGAGUUUGAAGGAGCUUGAAAGGAUUAUUGAUGAAAGAAAUUCCAACAGUAGGUUUAAGAAUAGAAACGGAGCUGGGAUUGUGCCCUAUGAACUUUUGAAGCCAUUUUCUCAGCCUGGUGUGACUGGAAAAGGAGUACCAUAUAGCAUCUCCAUUUGAAUUUGAAAUGUGCUCUUUAUAGUUUCAAACUUAGUGGUGCUUAAUGGAAAAAACUGAACAAUAAAAUUUGGGAUAACUUGUAAUAUUCAAAUGCCUCAAUCACAAUGGUUCAUUAACGUGAGUUUCUAGACAAGGUUUGAAGCUUAUAAUCAA